CGACUGCGGAGAACGCGGGACACUCGGCAGUUUCGACGCAUCUACACUCGUUUAUUGUGCGCUGGCGAUUAUUCAUACUACUAUUCUGAAUAAGGAUAUAUUUUACUGUAUUACUACGACUUUUUGCGGACACGAAAGACGCGAGACGAGGUAGCUAGCAGAGCUGAUAUUGUAUUGCGUCACUGCUACCAUGGAAGCUCUCCAGGCGGCCAACGGGGCCAUCAAGCACACGCAGAUGACGUUUAAAGCGGACCGAAGGCUUGUGAUUGAAGGCGAUGAACUGGUUCUCUACGAGAAUGCGUCGACAGCGAGCAAGAGCUCCUCGCGGCUAUGGCUAGGCGGCACAGCUGACCCUGUUACAAAACACACGAUACCCCUCUACAACGUGCUCUGGGCCGAGGUCAAGGACGGCGAACUGACCGUCGACUACGCGAAGCAAACAUCCAAAUCCGCCAUUGACAAUGAACGAUGGACCUUCGACAUCAUCGAAGAGCCGGCCACCGAAGAAACAGACCUCACACCCCAACGCUUCUGUGAGGAGAUUAUAUCCAAAGCAUACGGCGCAGCGCCGACCCGCCGCAGAGCACUAGUCCUGAUUAACCCCAACUCAGGGCCAGGCCAUGGCGUCAAGAAGUGGGAGACGGUCGUGCGGCCACUCUUUGACGCUGCUCGACUCACACAUAAUGCUGUUGUACUGAAUCGCGGCGGCGAGGCCAUGGAACUAGUAGAGAAAAUCAACAUAGACGACUACGACACGAUAGUCGCGUGUUCAGGCGACGGCACACCGCACGAAAUCUUUAAUGGUUUGGCCAAGCGGCCUGAUGCAAAGACAGCACUGGGCCGCAUAGCCGUCAGUCAUAUCCCGUGCGGUAGUGGGAAUGCGUUCUCGUGCAACUUGUAUGGGUCGUAUCGGCCCGCAGCGGCCGCUUUGGCAAUUAUCAAGGGCGUAGUUACGCCGCUGGACCUGGUGUCUAUUACGCAAAAGGGCAAGCGGGUGAUUUCGUUUUUGAGCCAGUCGCUAGGAAUUAUCGCGGAGAGCGAUUUGGGCACAGAGCAUUUACGGUGGAUGGGCAGCGCGCGGUUCGACGUGGGUGUUAUGUCGAGGGUGUUUCUACGAAAGUGCUACCCGUGCGAUAUAUCCAUAAAGCUGGUCACUGAUAAGAAGGAAGAUGUGAAGAGGCGGUAUAAAGAGGGGUUGGGGGAGACGACAGAUGUGCAGGUUGGUGAUGAUGAGCCGAUGCCUGCGCUGCGGUUUGGUACGGAGACGGAUGAGGUGCCUGGGGAUUGGGAGACGAUAUCGUAUGAUAAGAUUGGGAACUUCUACUGCGGAAAUAUGGCGUACAUGGCGCCCGAUCUCAACUUCUUCUCGGCAUCGCUGCCGUCAGACGGAUGCAUGGACAUGGUUGCGGUCAAUGGCAACCUGUGGCCGAUUACGGCGCUCAAGAUUGUCAUGUCGGUCGAGUCGAACCAGUUCUUUGACAACGAGCACGUCGAGUAUAAGAAAGUAGAAGCGUACCGAAUUACGCCGAGAGACCAGAAGGACGGGUACAUUUCGAUUGAUGGCGAGAAGCUGCCGUUUGCGCCGUACCAGGCCGAAGUGCAUAGGGGGUUGGGCAGGGUGAUUUCCAAGAGUAGCCGGUUUGAGGCGCCGGGGCCGAACGGGUGGGAAAUGGUUUCGACUGCGCAGUAACUGCGGUGCAUUGGACGCGACACAGUAGAUACGAUGGGGAUGUAUGUACAGUACAGUACAGGGAACACUGUAAAAAGCAAGCAUAUGUAGAUGUAUAUGAAUAGAGCCAGCCAGUGAGCAUCACUACACGGCUAGUUACCAUGCAGCUGGUGUUUGAGUUACAGUGAGGCGAGCCAUUGUAAGGAGACUUGGUUUCGUAAGAGAUGUCUCGCAAUUGAUUGUCACGUUGCGC